CUAAUAUCUAAAACAUCUUUCUUUUUGGUUAUUUAAUAUAAUUUGUAUACACAUAGAUCUUGUGUUAAAUUAUAAUUUUUUGAAUAUGGAUAUUGCCGAUAAUACUUAUCAGCAAAUUUGCAGUGCCCGCACUGUGCAAUCGGAUAAAAAAGGUUUCUUUAAUGAGUUCUAUUUAGAGGUGAAACAAUCAUGCGGUGAAAAAUGGCUAAAGAACUAUUUUGGUAAAUUGAAAUCGAAUGAGGCUCGUAUUUUGUCAAUAUUCAGUGAUCGUGAAAUAUGUGAUCCGGUAUUGGGUGUAUUGGAAAAUGUUCAACCAGUAUUUAAGGAGAAAGAUGCCGUAUUUUCUUCGCAGCGUCGUCUGCAAGCCGAUAAGUAUCAUUUAAUGUGGACCAGUUCAAAUAAGAAAGAAGAGUUGCAACAGGCCUUGGCAUUAGCAAAUUUAGCAGUUAUGCGUGCUCCCGCUAAAGACGUUGAUAUGCAAAUAGAUGAUGGCCUGAGUUUGGCAUUGGCUUUAAGAUCCAGAGCUGUGAUUUUAAUAGCUUUGGGUGAAGGUGAACAGGCAUUAAAUGAUUUGAAGUUGGCCGUGUCUUUUGGUUUGGAUUGUAAACAAAGUAUCGAUUACUACAUCAAAAUGGCCAAAGCCUAUGCCCUUAUGGGUGAAUUGACCAAAGCAGAGAUCUCCUUAAAAAUAGCUGAAAAAUUUGCUGGUGGCGGUAAUGCUCUUAUUGAUGGCUGCCGAAGGGAGUUGCCUUUGAUUAAGGUAAAUAAGAAAAAAUUUAGCAAACUAGCACCCUCCGUUACACAUGGCGAAAAUGAGGCCUUAAAAGGUGCAUCCAAUUUGGUUAAACUUGUAGAAACUAAAGAUAAAGGCCGUUUUGUGGUAGCCAAUGAUGCAGUUAAGACAGGUGAUGUAGUGUUGAGUGAAAAUCCUGUGGCGGCCUGUCUUCUCCCUACAUUUUAUGGGAGCAAUUGUCAUCAUUGCUUCGAAAAAUUAGUUACUCCUGUUCCUUGUUUACAUUGCUCGGGUAUUGCAUUUUGUUCGGCUCAAUGCAUGGGAGAAGCUUGUGAUACAUAUCAUCGUUUUGAAUGUGAAUACAUGGAUUUGUUUAUAGGCUCUGGCAUGUCAAUUCUGUGUUUUAUUGCUUUACGUGUAUUUACACAGUCGGCAAAUUUGGAAGGUGCCCUUACUACGGCCAACUUGUUGUAUAAAAACUUGUGUACGCAUGAAGACGCCAGACAGGCUGAUGAUUUGUUGCAACGUUCUUUAAUGUCCGCCUUUCUGUUGAGAUGUUUGCAGAAGUCUCAGUACUUCGGUAGGCGUAAAACUGAAGGAGUAAAUCCCACUGCAGUUGAAUUGCAAGUUGGUACAGCUCUAUUGGGUCUGCUAGAAGUUCUCCAGUACAAUGCUCAUGAAAUAUAUCAAACAAAUACAACGGAUGAACAUUUGUUCGAUGGUUCUCGUGUGGUGUAUGUGGGAGCUGGUUUAUAUGGAACGGCGGCCUAUUUCAAUCACGAGUGUUGGCCUUCAGUGGCAAGAUAUUUUGUUGGCAAGAAAUUGGUGUUAGCUGCUACAAAACCUCACCGUCCUAAUGAAGUUGUGGCAGAAAAUUAUGGACCUGUUUUCACCAAAGUAAACCUAAAAGAACGACAACGCGCUUUGAGAGGGCGCUACUUGUUUAGCUGUAAUUGUAUGGCUUGUCAAGAAAAUUGGCCAACGUUACAGAAAUUGGACAAGCAAGUUAGAUUUUGGUGCGUUUCGCCAAACUGUAAUAAUGUUUUGCAAUUUCCCAAAGAUCUCAGUAAAGACGUGAGAUGUGUACGUUGCCGCAAAAAUGUUUCUCUAAAGGAGAGUGUGGCCAAAAUGAUACAAAUUGAAGAAUUAUAUCGUGAAGCUGCACAAGCAAUGCAUGAUCAAAAGGUGGAACAAGCCAUUGAUAUGUUUAAAGAAGGCAUUGAAAUGUUCUUCCAAAUAGCUGUCUUACCACACAAGGAUACUUUAAUUGCUCAAAAUGCUCUGACGAAAUGUUUAGCUUCCCAGCCAAAGUAAAAAUCCCAACUCAAUAAAAUAUUGCAUAUUAAAAAUAUUGUUUUUUUUAAAUUGAUGAAUAAAAUAAAAAGAUUAGUAAAACAAUAAA